GUGAGACAUCAACAAGCGAGCGGUGUCUCUAUUAUUGUGGUGGACUUGAAUGAGUUGCACUUGUUCCGGCGGGUUUUUAGAUUUUAUUCGGAUCUACAGACUACUUUUUGUGUAACAUCACGGUUUGAAGGAAAAUGUUUGGUUUCCAUAAGCCGAAGAUGUACCGAAGUAUAGACGGCUGUUGCAUCUGCCGCGCCAAAUCCUCCAGCUCACGCUUUACAGACAGUAAACGCUACGAGCGGGACUUCCAAAGCUGCUUCGGGCUUGGAGAAACGCGCUCUGGGGAGAUCUGCAAUGCUUGUGUCCUCCUGGUCAAACGCUGGAAGAAGCUCCCGGUGGGAUCCAAGAAAAACUGGAAUCACGUGGUUGAUGCUAGAGGUGGACCAAGCUUGAAGACCACGGUGAGGCCAAAGAAGGUGAAGUCGCUAGCAAGGAGAGUACGGCCUGGCCAGAUCAGCCGAGUUCAGAAGGAGCUCAAGAGACUUUACUCUGAUGCCCACAGCACAACAUCAAGCGCUUCACCAGCACAGUCUCCCAGCUACAGUAACCAGUCAGACGAGGGGUCUGACAGCGAGCUCCCAUCUGGCUCCUCCCGUUCCCCAGUCUUCUCCUUCCUUGACCUCACCUACUGGAAGAGGCAGAAGGUGUGUUGUGGGACCAUCUACAAAGGGCGCUUUGGAGAGGUCCUGAUCGAUCCCCACCUCUUCAAGCCCUGUUGCCGUAAGAAACAGCAACAACAGGUGGAAGAUGAAGCGGAGGAAGGCCAGGAAGGCCACAAGGUCGAAGAGAGCAGCGAAAGUCUGCCAUCCCAAAGCAUGCGGUCACCCUCUCAGACCAAAGAGGAGGAUGAGGAGCAUGUGCAAGAGGAUGAAGAGUGGUGAAACUAAGGAAACUUCAGAGAGCUUUUUUUGGUCUUGAAUCACUUAAAGAAGUUGCCUCAGAUUGCCUUCGUUUCAAGACGAGUUGGACCUUUCCUUUUAUUGGUGUUUUGAUGUUCCUUUGUUGAGCCACAUAGACUCGUGUUUUUAUGUAGUUCUUUCCUUGACAUCUGAGGUUUUUUUUUUUUUUUUUCUUCCCCCCCCCCCUCAACAUGAUAUACUGGGACUCCACUGGAGCACUUUGCUGCUCCACUUUUGGACUUAAUCACAGAAACACAGAGCUGCAUGGACAUGCACACAAUCCUUCCAAAACAGAGCCAUAACACUGAAACCAGCCUUUCCCUGCUCUUUGCCUUUGCUGGGAACCUGCUCUGUACGUAUGAACUCAAAGCCCAGGAUCUGAGAAUGGUCAUCAACUGCAGACAGGCUUAGUUCAGACUGUGAAGUGUUAGCCUUAACUUUUUCUCCAAGGUUAUAUUUCCUACUAUUGUACUCUUUCUGGACAUGGUUAUUAAGGGGCCAACUUAAUUCAGUUUAUGCCUCAGUGAGCAGCCAUUGCCUUUAAGAAAGACUGAGUGAUUUUUGAUAUUGGUUAUUCUGCAUGACAGCUGGACAAAAGCUUUUUCCAAAGGAUAUCUUAAGUUGCAUGAUGGAAACCAUUGCAUGGUCUUUGGGAAGGGAAUAAUGUCUUCACUCUAUUUUGGCCUUAUGCUUUGCAACAAUAAACAUUUUAAAUAAAAUAUAAAAAAGAUGUAAUGCAGGGGUUUCCCACCAUCCAAGCACUGUACUUAGAGAUCUGUCCUAUAGUUUUCUUUCGGCAAGGGCAGGUCUGGACCCUUUAACCCCCUUUGUGAAUCAAUAUUACUAAAAACGAGUCAUUGUAGAUGUGUGUGUGUGUGUGUAUAUGUAGACACACACACGCUUCCAUUGGAUGCUAUUGGCAGACAGAUUCAUCCCUCUAUUGCAUGUACAUCAUAGGAGAAAUAGCUACACUAGUACUAUCCAUUUUUUGCUACUUUAGAAGUAAAAUCUACCGUCAUACUCAUUUCCUUGAAUUGUAACCUACCUUUUGAAAGGGGGUGCAGUAUGAAGAGGGUCUAGCUCUUACCAGAUGGUGCUUAAGUGGUUAAGGAACCAGGCCUCUUAUGUAAGGAUAUCCCUGUCAUUGUGUGGUGGUGUUCCUAAAACAACCAUGAUAAAAUAAUCCAGUACCAAACUAAGAGCACUGGUUAAGACGAGUGCUAUACAACUUUCUAUGACCCAACUUUUUUCACAAAAACAGCGUUAGCCUCCAAGCAGUGAGUUUCCCUUGAGCCGUCCACUCUCCUCGUGGCUUCUCCUGAUGUUGGGUUUCACAUUUUUUAAUACUAUUUUUCAGGUUAGCUAUGCUUAUGAAAAGUAUUAAAUUAUUUCAAAGCUAUAUAAUACUCAUUGAUUUUUAUUUCUAUGUAUUUGUAUUCUUUGUGUGUAUCCACACUCCAGAAUCUGUAAACUGCAUAAUCAUGGUUGAGCAAUAUCUUGAAAUAUUUACUCACCAGGAGGUGGUGCUGAAGACUGUGUAGUUGGUAUCCUUUCAUAAAUAUGCUGGCUGAUGAAAUGCUUUCUAAAGAUGUUCAUACAACAGAUAUCUUGGAAUCAAUAUAACAAGUUAACACUAAGUCCAAUUCUUAAAGUUCUUUGAAUUUGCGUACAAAAUGGUAUUAAAAUUUAGAUUAAGUACACUGUGUAUAACUUGUAGAGGGUGCAGUAGCGCAGUGGCUUUGGCUGGGUCCUGUUCUCCGGCAGGUC